ACGAGUCCAAGCGGUCAGACCAGUCAGAGAUAAGCAUGUUGUUGACACCUAGGGAUAUCUUCAAGACACACUGCACUUCUCCUGUUGAUGUGGACCAAAUAACACCAUUACUUUGUGUAACAACUGAUUUCGCUUGGUGCAAUGCAGGGAGAUGACUUACGUCCAUGGGACUUACGAUUCUCAUAGAAAGCUGAAAGGUGAAUAACAUUUGACUGCAUAGCUUUCUAUACAGAAGGCGUAAACGGAAUAGCCUUUCAAAGGAAAGGAUUUAAUUGACUGUUUAAGUGACACUGUUUUUAAUUAUUUCUUCGUGUGGCUCUUUAUGUCAUCAAUGCUGAAAUGAAUACGCACGUGGCAGGCAUCGUCGCUGUGACCCUCCUCCUCGGUGUUGCAACAUCGUCCACGAACAACACCAUUAUGUAUACGCCCUGGUCAAUGGGAGACAUUUACCUUAAUUCAACAGACAAUACAACAACGGAUUUCAUGAUUUCUGUGAUUUCACCCUCAGUUGAAAUGUUCAUGGACGCCAGCGCCGUUGUCAACGUGUCCUACUCCAUCCUCUGCGACACACCCGACACAGUUUACAAUCUCAGUGUCUACACGACGGAGGAUAAGGUGGCGUUCCUGACACAGCCUGGCGACGUCAGCAUGUCGUGUAGCAAUGUAUCCAAUUUGGCAAGUCGGGCAUUCAAAAAGCCAACCCGUGUUUCAGGAACACUCAGCAUCAACUUACACUCGGAUCUCAUAGGAAGAACGUGGCUUGUCUUUAAAACGGAUCACGAAAGGUCCACACCACAAGAAACACAGCCAGACACGGAUACAAUGGCAGGCCAACCAGGUGACCACUUCCAGAGAUACAUGAUCGUGGUAGUACGGAACUACCGGCCUAUCGAUACCGUGUUUCGUGUUGUCAUGUACUUGUUUGUGAUCGCCAGCACUAUAGGAAUGGGAUGUAAGAUCGAGCUGAGCGUAGUCAAGUCGGUGCUGCUCAAACCCGUGGCUCCUGCAAUUGGCUUCUUCUGCCAGUAUCUCGCCAUGCCGCUGAUUGCCUAUGGUGUGGCGAAGCUUGUGACUUUCGAGAUCCCUGCCGUGGGGCUGGGGAUAUUUGCCUGUGGGAUCUGCCCGGGGGGAGGGGCUAGCAACAUCUACUCCUAUCUCCUGGGCGGGGACCUGUCGCUGUCUGCUACCAUGACAACCAUCAGUAACAUAGGAGCGCUAGGUAUGGUUCCUCUGUGGAUGUUCACGCUGGGUCAGCAGUUUCACGAUGACAAGAUGCAGAUCAACAUCCCGUACGCCAACAUCAUCCAGACCCUGGCAUCUGUCAUCCUGCCGAUCUUCGCUGGCAUCCUCAUAAAGUACAAGUUUCAGAAGCUCGCGGCUGUCAUCGUCAAAAUCCUCAAGCCGGUCACGUUGAUCACGAUCGUUAUCCUGCUCACCUUCGGCAUCUACGCCAACCUCUACAUCUUCAGACUGUUCAAACCGUCCACGCUCCUCGCUGGGUGCCUGCUGCCCUACUGUGGCUACAUCAUCGGCGGGUUGGUUGGGUUGAUGUUCCGCCAGCCGUGGUACCGAGUGAAGACCAUCGCCAUAGAGACUGGCAUACAGAACGUCAUGGUGGCCUACCUCAUGUUGCAGAUGGCGCUGCCGCCACCAGAUGGCGACCUUGCCGCUGUCGGCCCUUUAGCUUCCGCGGUUAUGACGCCACUUCCGCUCUUUAUUUUGGCUAUUGGCUAUACAAUUUAUUUGAAAUGCACUAAGCAGGAUUAUGACAAAGUUUCAAAGAGAGAUCAAGGUGAGAAUGGUGUAGUAGACAAGAGUGAGGGGAAACAGACAGGGGUGGGGGCUGACGGACAGGGGCAGGAUGACGCUGGGGUGGGGCUGGUCAAUAAGGCGGAUCGUGUUAGUGUCAAAUAAUUGCAGUAGCAGUUUGAAACAUCCGAUAGGCGGCCACUUGCAGCCUCUCAGCCAGCAAUGUGACACACGGUUGCGGCCUAGUUGGCAGUGAAUAAUCUAAUGUCUGUAUUACCGGUGACAUCCUUCCUAGGCCAAACGAAACUUUUGUUUGUUUGAUCGUUUCUUGUUUAACCUCGUAUUCGGCCAUAUUCCAGCUAUACGACGGCGGCCUGUAAAUAAUCGAGUCUGGACCAGACAAUCCAGUGACAUCAUGAACAUCGAUCUACGCAAUUAUGAUACGAUGACAUGUAUCAACCAAGCCAGCGA